UUUUAUAUCAUUUUAACGAAAUGGCUUUGUCGAAAUUUCAACUUGCUACCUUUCUUCUCAUCACAUGUUCUCUCCUAUUUACAAUCCAAUCAAAGAUAUUGAAGACAGAACAAAUCGGAGAUGAAGAAUGUGUUUACAGAGGUCGGUGCCUGUUCAGCGAUGAAUGUAAAAGUCGAUGUGGACCGCCUGAAUUCCCACGGGGAACACUUGGUUUGUGCAUGGUUAGUCCUGUUGGUUCCGAAUUUCUUUGUUGUUGUGUUUCCCAAUAAAUAAAAAUAAUUAUAAUUUUGGUUGAAUAUUUAUAAUAUUCCUCUGAAAAUUUUAUCAAAUAAUAGAUCUUUGCUUCUACAUUUGAAAAAAAUAUAUACAUGGUCC